ACCCACCCACCAAACGCAGGCUAAUCAGCAGCAACAACAGCGGAAGCUAAGAGAGCGAAGCUCAAGCAAUGCACCUGACGACACGCACAUAGCUAUGAUGGUCUUUCGGAUUGGCAUUCCUGAUAUCAAACAGACGAAGUGUCUGAGGUUCAACCCUGAUGCAACCGUAUGGAAGGCAAAGCAGCAGGUGCUGUGUAGUCUAACCGAAUCUCUAAGGGAUGUAUUAAACUAUGGCCUUUUCCAACCUGCUACUGACGGGCACGAUGCCAAGUUCCUGGAGGAAGAGAGGCCGCUCCGCGAAUACCCACAAUCCUUUGAGAAAGGAGUACCCUACCUGGAGUUCCGCUACAAAACCAGGGUGUACAAACAGACAAAUCUAGAUGAAAAACAGCUGGCCAAACUGCACACAAAGGCCAGUCUGAAGAAGUUUAUGGACUACAUCCAGGCCGGGGCUGUGGAAAAGGUAGCCAAACUUGUAGACAAAGGACUUGACCCCAACUACCACGACGCUGAGACAGGAGAGACCCCACUCACUCUGGCUGUACAGACAGAGCCGGGAGGAGGGGAGAUCAUCAGGGUGCUGGUGAUGGGGGGAGCACACAUUGACUUUAGGGCAAAGGAUGGCUUGACCCCUCUCCACAAGGCUGUCAGAGCACAUGCACACACUGCACUACUGACGCUGUUGUCUUUGGGGGCAUCUCCUGAUUAUAAAGACAGCCGUGGGCUGACACCACUUUACCACACUGUGCUGAUAGGGGGCGACACCUCCUGCUGCGAGACCCUCCUCUACCACAGAGCCAAGCUAGGGCUUCGUGAUGAGAAUGGCUGGGACGAAACCCAUCAGGCUUGUCAAAAUGGGAACUCUCAACACUUAGAGCACCUGCUUUUUUAUGGUGCAGACUCCUCAUCCCAGAAUGCCUCAGGAAACACUGCCCUGCACAUAUGUGCUUUAUAUAACAAGGUGGCUGUGAUGUCUGGCCAUUUUGAGCUGGGAGAAAUCAUUAAAAACCAUCGUGAAUCAGACGUAGUUCCCUUUUUGGAGUCUCCAAAGUAUGCCCCCCAGAGGAGGGAGAGUUCUCGUACUCUUGGAUUGCCCCAUCCUCAUCCCUUCUUGCGGGCCAACAGUGACAACAGCAUGAAUGUGCCAGACUGGAUCGCUUUUCCCAACGCUGCUGGAUCAAGCCUUGUCUCCGUGCAGGGUCUAAAGCAUGGUGGCACCUUGCGUAGCUCCAGCAGUCCCCGUGGAGCACGAACCCGUUCCCCGUCUCGUGGUCGAACAGGCGACCGAGACGAUCGGAGCCGGCAAACACGAGGAAGACAAGGGGCGGGCUCUAUCAGUAGUCAGGGCACAGCAAGUGGGCAGCGACGGCGUCUCUACAGUGCCGUGCCUGGCCGUGUGUUUGUGGCCACCCGCUCGCACUCCGCCCAGGGGGACCGCGAGAUCAGCUUCAACAAGGGAGAAAAAGUCAAAGUGUUGAGUGUGGGUGAAGGAGGAUACUGGGAGGGGACGGUUCGAGGGCGCACGGGCUGGUUCCCCUCUGAUUGCGUGGAGGAGGUGGCUCUCCGCAGCCUGGAGCCUCGUUCAGAGAGCCGCAGUGAGAGAGCCAAGCGACUCUUCCGACAUUAUACUGUUGGAUCCUAUGACAGCUUUGACGCGCCCAGUGACUACGUAAUCAAGGAGAAGACAGUCCUCCUGCAGAAAAAAGACAAUGAAGGAUUUGGCUUUGUGCUGAGAGGAGCCAAGGCUCAGACCCCUAUAGAAGAGUUCACUCCCACCCCAGCCUUUCCAGCACUGCAGUACCUUGAGUCUGUUGACGAGGGAGGCGUGGCUUGGAGAGCUGGUCUGCGAAUGGGAGACUUCCUUAUCGAGGUGAAUGGUCAGAAUGUGGUUAAGGUGGGACACAGGCAGGUGGUCAAUAUGAUCAGGCAAGGUGGCAACAGCCUCAUGGUUAAGGUUGUCAUGGUUACCCGAAACCCUGAUAUGGAGGAAGGGGUCAGAAGGAAAAUCCCACAGCAGAGUAAAAGGCUGAGCACACCAGCUAUUGCUCUGCGUUCCAAAUCCAUGACAUCAGAACUGGAAGAGAUGGAAGUUCCACACUGUCACUACCAGCACCCCCACUACAGUGGACAGAGCCUCUGCCCCAUGGAAAAAAAAAUCAGAGUUCGAGUCUUCACAAGCUACAGAGAAGAAGAGGACAGUUUAUCAGAUGGCUUGUUUGUUUGUUCUAAGUCCUUGACCUAA